CACAAGAACGCUAUCUCUUUCCAGAUUUAGUAUUGAUGGCAGGUCGAAGAUCAAGCUCAAUAGGCUGCAAAUCGCUCAUAAACAGACGUGCCUCGCUGUACGUAAACACAUAUGACCCCAUUAAGCUCGUGUUGGACAUAAACGCUCAAAUAGCCUUAUUCAGAGAUCUCCUGGUGGCUAUCGGUCAGUCACGUGAUUGUCCGGAACACAGAGAAAGAAUUCGGAAACUUCGGAGAAAUUGCGUGGAAGCAUGCAAGACCACUUGUCAGCUAAUCUUGCCUCAUAUACAAAGUGCUAUAGACGAAGGGAUUCCUCCAGACAACCAAAACCUGGUUAUGUUAUACUUUAUGGCUCAACUAUUCCUUAGGGAACUGCGCAAGUCACAUAGGUUAAUCCAGGUAGUGCCCAUGGAUAUGUCUGGAUAUUAUGAUAACAGAGCUGGUCCUUCAAACCUUGGAAAUGUAAUCAGUCAAAUUUUGCUGUGUAAACAAAUAACACCAGAUUUCAAUCACGAAGAACUAUGCAGCAUCGUAAAAGACUCUGAAGAGAUAGCGAAUCUUUUAAAAGAGAUUGGAGAGUAUAUGCCGAAACAAGAAAGUAAUUUAGAGAAAGUUUCUGCGUUAAAUGAAGAUGUGCCCAACCAGUGGUCCAAAAAGCAAAGAAACUUUAUCUAUAAACAUAUGGAUCUGCUUUGUUGUGCAGCCCCGCCGAACUAUCUCUGACAAAGACCAAAUAGAGGAUCAAAAGAGGAAAAAAAACUAUUUCAAAGAAAAAGGAGCGUAUAGUGAGAAUAAAUACAAUAUGUCGUCCACUGAAACAUAAUAAACAGGGCACCAAGCCUUGUAAUAAGUCAAUAACGUUUAAUGUAAUAUGGGUCCAUUUUUCUAGUUUAGAAAAAAAAAAUUAUAAAUUUAUAUUAUAUUUCAGCGCCCGUUUUUCGUUUUUCGAGUUUUAGUAGUUACGGGGGUGUCAAUUAACAUAAUUUUUUUAGUUUAUUGUAUGUCAUACUGUUAAAGUACAAAUCGGACUAUAUUAUCCACAUUGUCAAUACUCUUUUGCACUGUCAAUUUAAUAAUCAAAAAUGAAUAGUUCAAGCAGGCCAAUGUUCCUUAAUAAAAAUCAAAAUUUCAAUUGUAUAUAAUAAAAGUUCUUUAUUUGAAGGAUACAAAUUUAUGGACCAUACUUCAUAGAAUAAUUUAUAUAUUUUAAGCAUUGUUACGGUAGUAAGCACGCUUAAGUAGCACGUUAAUUCCAGAUUUAUAUUCCUCUGGAAAUGUUUAUCUAUAGUAAAAAACAUACAUAUGCUCUUAAAAAUAUAUGAAUAAGGACCAACUGCAAUAAAAAAAAACAAUACUCGCCUAAAUAUUUUUAAGAGUAUCAAUUUCGUAGAAUAGUGAAAAAAAAUAAAUUUAUUUUAGUUGUAGAAACAUAAAUAUAUAUAAAUAUAUUUUCUUGCAAUUAAUCUUGAUUAAUACGGGCGCUCAAAAAGGUUUUCAAAAAAAAAUAUUAAGAGUCAAAGGUGCUCUAGUUUUGCUACGCAAGUUUGGAUAUUAGUCAUUAUUUAGAGCAAAUAUCAGAAAACCAAAAAAAAAAUGUCCAGGGACUUUCUUCAUUAGGGACCACUAAAGGAAUGUUACUAAUAUUCAAACGUUGCUGUAGUAAGUAAAUAAGAUUUAGAUCUUAUGAGUUUUGGUGAUAUUAAAGUAGCAGAGUUCAGAAAGCAA